UAGAUUAGAUCCUUGCAGACUAGCUUGGAUCCCCAGUGCGCUCUCUUUACAUCAGCGAAAAUUCGUCUGUAUAUUGCCUUUCUAUAUCGUUCUACCAUAUUUUUUGAAUGGACAUCAUGCAAACAUAUCAUCAGAUAAAACAUCAAUUAUAGUGUCACUUUGGAUACUUAUCGUAUUAUUAACAAAUAAUUAUAAACACAUGUCUAUCAUAAGCAUUGAAUUAUCUGAAGAUGUGACCCGAUGUGACGUACCUAUAUUGUAGCUCUUAUCUCUAAUUUUCUAUUUCCAUGCGAGCCUGACAGGAAUGUCUAUCAAAUGCAUCUAUAUGUAGUGCACAUCUGACCUCGUCUGAAAACAACAUUUUAGCAAAGAUGUUCGCCAGCCCACCACGUCGGUCAGUUGCUUUAUCAGAAUCCUCUACAGCCGAUGUGAACUGCUGAACUGCAUGAUUUAGAAAAUGUUAAAAUCGUUUGGGAGCUCAUACUGUAUUCUUGGAAUCGGCUUAGUUGUGUUUAGCAAGGGCUACACUGACAGAUCGCUUGACCUUAUUCGUGGCAAAUUCCGAGACAAGUUUGUCAAUCCAUUUUGUACGAAUGGCAGUUGUGUGGUGGCCUCAUGUGAGAAAUACAACGCAGUGUGCGGUUCUAAUGGUUGUAAAUAUUGCGUUUGUAAUAAGGACAACCAUAGCACCACCUAUUUUCCUAGUAAGGAGGGCAAUUACGGACAAUGUAUACAAGAUUCAGUCUUGGCAAGAAAUUCUGGAUGCUUUAAUCAGUCCAUCGGUGGAAAGGCAAUGUAUAUUUUGAACACAAACAUUGAUAAACUUCAUAAUAUUGAAAAAGUCAGAAUCGGCUUCUAUCCUUCGUCAAAAACACGAUGUAAGCUUUGGUGGGCAGGUUCGUCGUUUUCAAUCAAUAACCAAUACUGGAAACCAACAACAGAUUUUAUAAAUGAUUUCUCACUGUCCUUUAACGUUAGUGCAAAUACACGAAGACCGUUAUACGUGAAGGUAAAUAUUCAGGCCUACAAACGUUGGACUGGAGCCGUACUGAAGCUGAAAUUUCAAUGCUACACUCAAGAAAACAAUCAGCCUCGUCAUAAUGAAGACUUUUGCACAGUCUUUAAAUUCACUGGAUACUACAGAGCCUACCAGAUUGCGCCUGUUACUGUUGAAACACUGGUUUCCCCAAAUACAACAAAAAACUCGACAGAUGUAUCGACAUCAGGCCGUAAAACAAUGCCAAGACCUGGUGAUCAAUACCUAGCGAGUACCAUUGCUCUAUCUGGUAUUUUAUCCUUAGUUUUCAUGUUUCUUGGGUUUGGAAUUUUUCUCUUAUUGCGAAGUCAAAAGCGACACGACUCUGAGGAAGCUACGACGGAAACAGACUUAGGGACAACGCAUCAAGAACAUGAACUACAACUUCGAGUUUGAAUCGAAUCUUUACCAGAGACAUGUCACAUGAGAAAAUUGCACCCUAUUAAUAUUCUCGCAAGCGAGUGAUUUAUAUCACAAAAUUUAAAAAGAAGCACUAUACUCUUCCAAAUUAAUUGUCACGCAACCCAUUGCUAUAUACAAAUUGCGUGGAAAAUUGCACCGUGUAAUACAUGAACAUGCAGCAGGAUUUAAUACUAAUAAUAAUAGAAGAGCCCGAGCAUUCUCACUGAAAAAUGUAAUGAACAAAAUU